AUGGGCGGACCAGGAGUUGGCUUUGAACUGCCAUCCAAGAAGGUCUCCUGGCUCAAGCGAGACGUCCUCCUAUUCAAUAUCAGCAUAGGAUGUACUGCCGACGAGCCUCAUUUUCUCUACGAAGGACACCCGAAGUUUGCCCCAUUUCCAACGUUACCCCUUGCACUGGCGUUCAAGGGUGACAGUCAGGAGGUGAUCGACUUCUACUCGGGCCAAACCAUCACGUCUAUCCCCGGGUGUCCCACCCUCGACCCUGUCCGCCUAGUCGACGGGCAACGACUUAUCAGAUUUCUCAAGCCUUUGCCUACCACGUCUGCCGGCAGGUCAUUCGAGCUGCGGGAGAAAGUGCUCGGUGUGUACGACAAGGGCAAGGCUGGGACGGUGGUCGAGACGGAGCAACGCCUAGUCGACGCCGAGACAGGAGAAGCCUAUACUCAGAUCAUAGGGAGUCUGUUCUACGUCGGCCAGGGCGGAUGGAACGGUCCACGAGGUCCCAAAGCUGCAGAUCUAUCGCCUCCGCGAGACAAAAGUCCUGAUGGAAGUUUCAUCAUACAUGUAUCUCCUCUGGCGGCGCAUCUUUACCGUCUGAACGGAGAUUACAAUCCGCUACAUGCCACCCCAGAGCCUGGUCGUUUGAUGGGAUAUGGCGGCAUCAUCGUCCAUGGCGUGACCGCCUAUCAAAUGGUAGCCCAUGUUUUGCUGAAAGAACUCUGUGGUAGUGAUCCCGCGAAUAUCAAAGAAUUUCAAGCCAAGUUCUCUGGGCCGGUCUGCCCAGGUGAUCAACUAAAGGUGGAUUACUGGAAGGUGGGAAGUGACGGAGAAGAAUGGGAAGAAAUCAGAUUCCUAACCACGGGGUUGCAUGAUCGAGAGGUACGGCUUCGUGAUGGUCGGGUGUUGCUCAGGACCCAACUCAGCAAAAAAGGGGAUGACGAAGCUGUGAUGCGUUGGAGGGAAGCACAUGCAUAG